CCUACAACAACUCCAUUGCUCUCUUCCCUUAUAUUCAAAGUUCAAACGUACCCAUAAGACCGGGACCGGCUCUUCCUUUUCCUUUCCUCUCCUUCUCCUUUCUACGUUUCCUCUCUCUCUCUCUCUCUCUCUCUCUCUCUCACGUUUCUUAUCGUCGUGGGGCACAUUGCAGAGGAAGGGUGUUUUGCUUGAUCACUGAAAUUGGGAUAUAAAUACUGGUUCUUGCUGAACAUAAUUUGUAGGAAGCGUUUUUCCAAAUGCUAAAUUUUGCAAGAGGAAGAACUCAACCAAGGUCUACUAGAUCUAUGCCUUUUGCCGGCAUGGAUUAUCCGGAUCCCAAAAGGAAGAGCAAUUUUGUAGGAAAAAUCCUUUUGGCUGCAACCCUUACAGCCUUAUGCAUUAUCAUGCUCAAGCAAUCCCCAACUUUUAGUACUCCAAGUCGGUUCUCCCAACAUGAAAAAGGGGUGACUCAUGUUCUCGUAACUGGUGGUGCUGGCUAUAUUGGUUCACAUGCUGCUUUACGACUUCUGAAGGAGUCAUACCGUGUAACUAUUGUGGACAAUCUUUCUCGUGGAAACAUAGGUGCUGUCAAGGUUCUACAAGAAUUAUUUCCAGAACCUGGGAGGCUUCAAUUCAUUUAUGCUGAUUUGGGCAAUGCAAAAGCUGUGAAUAAAAUAUUUUCAGAAAAUGCAUUUGAUGCUGUAAUGCACUUUGCGGCUGUUGCAUAUGUUGGGGAGAGCACGCUUGAUCCUCUCAAAUACUAUCACAACAUUACUUCUAACACCUUGGUGGUCGUAGAGUCGAUGGCUGCUCAUGGUGUUAAGACAUUGAUAUAUUCUAGUACAUGUGCCACAUAUGGGGAGCCUGAAAAGAUGCCAAUCACUGAAGAAACUCUACAGGUUCCAAUCAAUCCAUAUGGAAAAGCUAAGAAGAUGGCAGAAGAUAUCAUCCUGGAUUUCUCUAAGAAUUCAAAGAUGGCAGUUAUGAUCCUAAGAUACUUUAACGUGAUUGGGUCAGAUCCAGAAGGAAGAUUAGGUGAGGCUCCCAGACCUGAGUUGCGUGAGCAUGGACGAAUUUCAGGUGCUUGUUUUGAUGCAGCUCGUGGUAUCAUUCCUGGUCUAAAGGUCAAGGGAACAGACUACAAAACACAUGAUGGCACUUGCAUACGUGAUUACAUUGAUGUUACCGACCUGGUUGAUGCUCACGUGAAAGCUCUUCAAAAGGCAAAACCCCGUAAAGUCGGAAUCUACAAUGUUGGCACUGGAAGAGGCAGAUCAGUGAAGGAGUUUGUGGAGGCAUGCAAGAAAGCCACUGGGGUGGACAUCAAAGUCGACUAUCUUCCCCGCCGACCUGGAGAUUAUGCCGAAGUUUUCAGUGAUCCAACUAAGAUCAGGCUUGAGCUGAAUUGGACAGCUCAACAUACUGAUCUCCAGGAGAGUUUGCAGACUGCAUGGAGAUGGCAAAAGGCACAUCGUGAUGGAUAUGGAUCCUCUUAGGGUAACUGGUUUCUCGAAUAGUUGCACAGCAUUUUAUAGCAAAAGGCUAAUGCAGAUCCCCAGACCGGCUCCGAUUUCGAGCCGUGCUCCUCUACCUGUCACUUAGAAGAGGGGAAGAAAAAUUUGAGAUGAAAAUUUUCCCUUUGCUAUUACAUUAUUUGGGUAGUUUAUAGGGAGCAGCCAAUUCAUUAUAUCUGUAUUUGAAGAGAUAAUGAUAGUUUAAUAAUAUGAUGCUCAGGCUCGGGUAUAGCUUUUAUCGAUUC